AUGCCCUCCUUCCUUCUACUCUCUCUGACCAUUUUCCACGUAUGCUUCGCAUAUUGUCCAUUCAAAAGGUGAGACGAUACCGUAGCACUCAUCAAACCGUUAACUUUUAAAGAGCAGUCGUGAAGGACAUUCUCAUGAUUCCCACCGACGAUUACCUGUCUGUCGAGCAGGAUGAGGCGUCGGAAAAGUGUGAAAUCGAGGUGCACUCGGCCGACGGACACCUUCUUCUUGUCUCCAUCACCAACUUUUUGAUGUUCUCGCAUCGACGGCCCCAAAAUAAGAACGAGAUUAUUGUGCGCAACGCGGAUAUGCAGUUUAUUGUCGAUAGCAAACCGAAGGUUUGUACUGUCUUGCCUACAUCAACAGUACUCGGAUUGCAAGGUGUCUGUGCUUUAAAAGUUUCAUUAGAGAUAAAGAAACCAGAGUUUUGGAACAUGAAAAGUUAGUGGUUUGAAGCCUAAUGUCCAUCAACUUUUAAGACCUAUAUCUCGAGAACCAAUGACUAUCUAAAAAAGUGGUCAACUAAAAACAAGUUGAAAAUGUUGUGCUCAACAUCUUUGUAGUUGACUAUUUCACUCCAAAACGUUUCAUUCUCGAGAUAUGAACUAGUAACUUUCUUCUAGGGCUAUCAACUGAUGCAGACGCCGAUCUGGCUCGAAAUCCCGAUGAACUUGAACUUCCGUUCCAUUUUGCUCUUCUCAAAUCCACGAGAUUGUAACUCGUACGACAGUUUGAAAUGUCCAGAGUACAGCCUUUGCUACAGUAUGAAAAUUAGAUUCACAUAACCUAAAAAGAAGGUGUUCAGACUGUUCGAAGCACUGCUUCUCCAUCGAUUUGGAAUGUGACGGGCUGGACACUUGUGGCGAGGAUGAGUCGCGGUGCAUUGUCAAAGAUGUACAGCGUGUCGAGUGCGAAUACGUUUCAAAAAAGUGCCAAAUUUUCAGUCGCGCACUCCUCAAACCUCCUACCGUUACGGAAGAGACGCGUUGUCAUCGAGUCAGAUAAUGCUCAUUUGGUUUUUCGCUCUCAACGGAUCAUUCAUCGGUACAUACUUUGUGUUUCCAACCAAAAGUGUUUCCAGUGUUCUUUCUGAUAUUAUCGCUCUGCUCGGCCGGAUUGUUCUAUCAGUGCCCGUUCUACGCGAAAAACAGCAAAGCCUCCCGCCACACGUUCAUCCGAUAUUUGAGGUUAGUCAUACACUUGACUUCCUGCACAAAAGACUAUAAAGAAGCAAAGUAUACAUGAGAAUAAUCAGAUUGUCUGGAAGAUUAUAACCUCAAAAUUUGAGGGAAGCCAUUCCGCCUGCACUCGCCGCUCCCGCAGUUCCCACCGGAGGCCACGAUGCGAGCGAAGAGGAAAAGACUGUUAUUUCGACACCGCCAGGACACACGAGACAUCGCCACUCCAUCCUCAGCCGUAUAAACUUUCAGCCGGCGCCGGCGCUCAGUGAAAUCGAACCAGGUUCUGCUUUCAGCCGGAUGUUCCCGACUGUUUCAUUACAGAAGUGGAGGACCGAGAACAGUCGGCGGCGGCCGAAUCGAUUUGCGAACCGCCGGCCCACCAGCCGGAAGUUUUUCUCCGCCGACAAAGUCUUCCGUUCGGACUGAAACCACCGUCGGAACAGGCAAAUUCGGGGGAGAAACGGACACGAUUCACGACGAGAGCAAUGUCUUUUCAGCACUAA